UUCAUAAUUCCUUUUUCAUCCGAAGUGGGAGGCACAUCGCGGAUCGGGAUUUUUCUAACUUCCAAUUCACACACAAACGCGCUAGCUGGUAGCUGCUCGUCCCAUGUUUCAUCCGCGCUGUGUCCCAUAAACCACCUCUCACACUAAUUGUGGAGCUCUGGAGCAGUAGCAGUGGCAAGCAGUAGGUGCGAAAAUAUAGAGUGGAACAACCUCACACCGAAAACAAGGGGUAGAAAAAAGCACGAUCGGAAACAUCGCUUGCAGAGGGAGUUGCACACACACACACCCAAAAACACGACAAAAAAACGUAUAAAACUCAUCAGAGCAACGAGGUGUCUUUCGGUUUGGAGUGGUUAUAGUUAAUAUUUUCAUUUACGUGCGUGCGAGUGAGUGUAGUGAAGUGUUUUGCUAAAGAAGAAAAAAAAAAAAGAAAAACACCUAACCAUCUAUAUAGUGGAAGCUUUAGUGUAAACCAAUAUCGUGUGGGUGAUCGCACUAAAUUGAAUGUAAAACGGAAGUAAAAGCACUAGACCGCACCGCAGUAAGGGGAGAGGAAGAAAAAUAGACCGUGUGUCUUUUCGUGUGGAGAAAUUGUUUCCACCACACGCACGCACCCGGCGACAUGACAUAAGCGGGCAGCAAUUGAACGUAAGGAGCGCGGUGUGAAUUUUUUGGUGGCAGUCGUAGCAACCAGCGACACCAGACCGAUCGACCUCCCCGGCUGGCAUCAACAGAAGGCAUCGAUCCCACACAACACAACCGAACACGAGGAUCGCGCUGCUUUGAACAGUUGUUGCUGCUAGGGCAGCAAACAGCGGUGUUAAGAUGGGAGACGUCGAUCCCGAAACACUCUUAGAAUGGCUCUCGAUGGGUCAGGGCGACGAGCGCGACAUGCAGCUCAUUGCUUUAGAGCAGCUCUGCAUGCUACUGCUCAUGUCCGACAAUGUAGAUAGAUGUUUUGAAAGCUGUCCACCACGAACGUUCCUGCCCGCGCUGUGUAAAAUAUUCCUUGACGAGCUAGCCCCGGAAAAUGUGCUUGAGGUGACUGCCCGCGCUAUCACGUACUAUCUGGACGUGUCCUCCGAAUGUACCCGCCGGAUCGUCGCUAUCGAUGGCGCCAUCCGUGCAAUCUGCAACCGGCUCGAGGUGGCCGACCUCGAGAGCCGUACCAGUCGCGAUCUCGCCGAACAGUGCAUCAAGGUGCUGGAGCUGAUCUGCACGCGGGAGGCGGGUGCCGUGUUUGAGGGCGGCGGUCUCAACUGUGUGCUCACGUUCAUUCGCGACAGCGGUUCGCAGAUCCACAAGGACACGCUCCAUUCGGCCAUGGCCGUCGUUUCGCGCCUGUGCACCAAGGUGGAACCGCAGGGAGCGAAUGUGCAAACGUGCGUGGAAAGUUUGAGCACGCUGCUGCAACAUGAAGAUCCGUUGGUGGCGGACGGCGCGCUAAAGUGUUUCGCCUCGGUCGCGGAUCGAUUCACGCGCAAGGGUGUAGAUCCUGCCCCGCUCGCCGAGUACGGGCUGGUGAAGGAACUGCUGAACCGGCUAAGCAACGCUGCCGGAGGUCCACAGAUUUCAUCCGGCGGGGGCGGUGCCGGCAAUGCGACGAUCUCCUCCAGCCUGGGAACAAACUCCGCGUCCCACCCGGAAUCAUCACCGUCAACCGCGCAGCUUUCCUCGUCCGCCCCGAAAACGGCACAGGGUGCGAUGGAAGCGGGCCGGUCGAGCCAAUCGAUCGCCACCACCAUAUCGCUGCUGUCAACCUUGUGCCGCGGUUCGCCCUCGAUCACGCACGAUCUGCUCCGUUCGAAUCUGCUCGAAGCGAUGGAGCGCGCGUUCAAGGGAGACGAACGGUGCGUGCUGGACUGUAUGCGAUUGGCUGACCUGAUUCUGCUGCUGCUGUUCGAGGGCCGGCAGGCGCUCGGGCGCGUCGGUGGUUCGCAAGGUCAGCUGGCGCCCCGGGUGCGGCGUGCCGAUUCCAGCACCGAGCGCACCCACCGUCAGCUGAUCGAUUGCAUCCGCAGCAAGGACACCGAGGCACUGAUCGAGUCGAUCGAUUCCGGCGGCAUCGAUGUGAACUGCAUGGACGAUGUGGGCCAAACGCUGCUCAACUGGGCGUCCGCCUUCGGGACGCUCGAGAUGGUGGAGUUUCUGUGUGAUAAGGGCGCGGACGUGAACAAGGGACAGCGCAGCUCGUCCCUGCACUAUGCGGCCUGCUUUGGACGACCCGGCAUUGCGAAGGUGCUGCUGAAGCACGGUGCCAAUCCGGACCUGAGGGACGAGGACGGUAAAACGCCACUCGAUAAGGCACGCGAGCGUCCGGACGAGGGCCACCGGGAGGUGGCAUCGAUUUUGCAGUCGCCGGGCGAAUGGAUGAUGGCAGCGACCCGGUCGGAUGUGAAGUGUGGCGAGAGCGGUGAUGAGACGGGUGUGGGCGAACCGCGGGGCGAUCCCGAGAUGGCACCGGUGUAUCUCAAGUUUUUCCUACCAACAUUCUGCAAAACUUUCCAGAGCACAAUGCUUGCGAGUGUGCGUCGAUCUAGCUUAGGACUUAUCAAGAAAAUGAUCCAGUAUGUUCAACCGGAAGUGCUCUCGAAACUGUGCUCCUCGGAGGGUCUACCAAGUUACGAGCAAAGCUUAGGCACGCUGCUAGUCGAAGUCAUCGCGAGCGUACUGGACAAUGAGAUUAGCUACAGCUGGCCACCGUUGCCGCAACCCUCAACGUCGUCGUAUUCGCCUCCUCCGCCGCCACCGAUCCUAACCGGGCCGCGCACUAGUUCUAGCGUUGUUAGCAAUAAUACACUCCUAACCAAGCACGGCUGCGCCGAGCGGUUGAGCAAGUUUGUGCAGGCCAAACGGCAGCGGCGCAAUUCUAGCUGCUACAUAAUACCACCGCCACCGCCACUGCUACCGUUGACACCGCCACCAAUCUCGGCAAGAGCAAACCCCGACCCGGACGAGGACGCGGAACAGGAACGGAACGGUUCCGAAAGCAAUAACAAUAGUACAGACACCACCACCACCAAUCCUCGUAAUCGCACCCAAAGCAAUUGGUCAGAUCUUAGCAUUGCGGACGAUGAAGAUGGCCAUCUGGUGGUGCUUACGAUCGUGCAGGAGCUUAUGUCAAAAACGCAAAACGAUUUCCUCGACCAUUUCGCCCGGUUGGGCGUGUACACCAAGGUGCAAGCGCUGAUGGGUGAGCCCAGCUUCGAGGGUAACGACAAUAAUGAGGUGAUUAAAUCGACAUCCGACGAGGGGAAAGCUGCGGCCACCGAAGCGUCCUCCAGCACGGCCACCGUUACGGUAACGGCGAGCGGUUCCGGCGGCCCGGUAGUGGUGACCGGCGGCGCAACGCCGGCGGUGGCCGUAGAGGACGCGAAGGAGAUACUGCACGGCAAGGCAUACCAUUGGCACGAUUGGAGCAUUUGCCGCGGGCGGGACUGUUUGUACGUGUGGUCGGAUUCGGCCGCGCUCGAGCUUUCGAACGGUUCGAACGGAUGGUUCCGGUUCAUACUGGACGGUAAGCUGGCGACGAUGUACUCUAGCGGCAGUCCGGAGAAUGGGAGUGAUAGCACGGGCAAGGGCAAAGCCACCCAAGAUCCCAACGUCCCUCCUAGCGAAGAAAACCGUGGCGAAUUUCUCGAAAAGCUUCAGCGUGCCCGAGCCGCCGUCCGGCAGGGGACGGUGUCACAGCCAAUUCUGUCGGCCCCCAGCCUAGCCCGGAUAGCGGUCGGCAACUGGGUGCUGCAAAGCCAGAAAGAACAUCAACUACAUAUCAACAAUUCCGAGGGCCAUCAGGUGACGAUCCUGCAGGACGAACUGCCGGGCUUCAUCUUCGAGAGCAACCGGGGUACGAAGCACACGUUCACCGCCGAAACGACACUGGGACCAGACUUUGCCGCCGGUUGGAUAAACACCAAAAAGAAGAAGAUGCGCUGCAAGGCCGAGGCACAGAAAUAUCAGCUUAAUAAAUUGGCUCGUGAUUUGUACAACCGGUACUUCAAGGCGGCCCAGGCUAUACCGCGCGGAGCCGUCGCAAAGCUGUCGAAGAUUGUGCAUCAGAUUGAGAUCGCACUCGAGGAACAGCAGUCAUCAUCGAAAGCAGCGCUCGUCUCCAGCUCGACGCAGCAGCUCACUCCAAGCGGUGGCACUGUGGCCAGCGUCAGCUGGCAGGAGAAGCUCUAUAACGCACUGAACGAACUCGUUCACCUACUGAACGAGGACGGUGUGAUUAGUGCGUACGAAAUGUACAGCUCCGGGCUGGUGCAAGCGCUCGUGGCGGUGCUUUCACCCAACUACUGGGACCUGGGCAUGAAUCGCUCCAAAGCGAACAAGUACCAGAAGCAGCGGCUCUCCAUCUUCAAGCGGUGCAUGUACGGAGGGGAAAUAAAAACGGGCAAAAACACGGCCGCCAUCCUGGUGCAGAAGCUGGUCGCGGUGCUGGAAAGCAUCGAGAAGCUGCCGGUGUACAUGUACGAUUCGCCGGGCGGUAGCUAUGGGCUGCAGAUACUAACCAAGAAGCUAAGCUUCCGGCUGGAACGUGCCGCCUGCGAGCAGACACUGUUCGAUCGCACCGGACGCAACCUCAAGAUGGAACCGCUGGCAACCGUGGGCCAUCUGAACAAGUAUCUGCUCAAGAUGGUCGCCAAGCAGUGGUACGAUAUGGAGCGCUCGUCGUUCCUGUACCUACGCAAGCUGAAGGAAGCUAAGCCGGGUACGGUGAAGUUCCGCCAUCGGCACGAUUUCGACGAAAACGGUAUCAUCUACUACAUCGGCACGAACGGAAGGACGCUCGAGUGGGUUAAUCCGGCCCAGUACGGGCUGGUAACGGUGACGAGUAGCGAAGGCAAACAGCUACCGUACGGCAAGCUGGAAGAUAUCCUAUCGCGCGACAGUGUGAGCGUGAAUUGCCACACGAAGGACAACAAAAAGUCGUGGUUCGCGAUCGAUUUGGGAAUGUUCAUUAUACCGACGGCGUACACGCUGAGGCACGCGCGCGGUUACGGCCGUUCGGCGCUACGCAACUGGCUGUUCCAGAUGUCGAAGGAUGGGCUGAAUUGGGUCACGCUGCUAACGCACACGGACGACAAGAGCCUCGCGGAACCGGGCAGCACCUGUACCUGGCCGAUUGAUUGCCCGGCCGACGAGCAGCAGGGCUACCGGCACGUGCGCAUCCAUCAAAACGGCCGAAACGCAUCGGGCCAAACGCACUACCUUAGUCUGAGCGGGUUCGAAAUCUACGGCAAGGUGAUGUCGGUGUGCGAAGACAUGGACAAGACGGCGGCCAAAGAGAACGAGGCGAAACUGCGCAAGGAGCGUCGUCAGAUACGGUCCCAGCUGAAGUACAUCACCGAUGGGGCGCGCGUCGUACGCGGUGUCGACUGGCACUGGGACGAUCAGGACGGCAAUCCGCCCGGCGAAGGUACGGUCAUCGCGGAGAUUCACAACGGUUGGAUCGAUGUGAAGUGGGACCAUGGUAUGCGCAAUUCGUACCGGAUGGGUGCCGAGGGCAAGUACGAUCUGAAGCUGGCGAAUGUGGACGGCUUGGUUGCUGCCUCGUACGAUCUACACAACAGUGGCAUUUCCGUUACAACGGUGGGCGGUAGCGGCAACCAAUUUACAACCGUCGCCAACGUGCAGUGCGACGGUGAGGGUGGUGGCGCCGUUUCGAGCAAGAAAAAAAUCUACGACAAAUCGCUUAACGUGCUGGCGAGCAGGAAAUCAAGCUCCACGCCGAGCUUGCCCGAUGCCACGACGGAAAACCGCUCAUCGGUUGCUUCCACCGAGCAGGCAACGUCGGCCGAUAAUCUUUCCUGGAAGCAAGCGGUGGAAGUGAUCACGGAGAAUGUCCUCUCGUCGGCCCGUUCCGAUCUGGCAACGGUCGGUAGUGGGGGCAGUAGCAACGAUCUGUCCUCGUCGGUGGUAGCUUCCGGUGCCGGCGGCGGUGGUAACAAUCAGGAAGUUUCCGUGACGGUUCACUCGUCGCUGAGCGAACGGGGCAACAACAUCCCGGACCUGUCGCAAAUCAACAGCAGCACGUCCAUGCUGGUGUCGGAUCUGGCCACCAUUACGGAGAAUCUGUCCCUGUCGGAUGGUCCGGUACGGCAGAGCGGCAGCGCUUCGUCGACCGGUUCCGGCCAGCAGUUUGUGAGCAACAUCAGCGGCAACGGUAGCAGUGGAUCCGGUGGCGUUCCCGUCCUGAUGGGCUCAUCGUCCUCAUCCUCCUCCUCAUCCUCGACGGAGGAAAACAACAAAACGAACAACAUUAACGAGACGAACAACAAGAUCAACUUAACGAGCGGUGGUAGCGGUGCGAGCAGCGUUGCCAGCGGUAGCAGCGCAUCCAGCGGUAAGGCCGGCCUAUCGUACCUGCAGACCCGGCUCGACAUGAUGGGCAAGAUGCGGGAAGGUGUCGAUAUGCUGCGCAACAACACGAACAAUUUCCUCUCGUCCGAGCUGCUCACACAAACGAAUCUGCUUUCAUCGGUAAAGAUUGCUUUCCCCCCGAUGCCACCGUCCAGUGGAACCGGAGCUGGGGCCGGAAACAGCAUUUUCGUGGCAAGCACCAGCACCGGCACAAAUCCAGCCGGCUCGUCGGCUUCGUCGGGCGCGAAAACACCCACGGACAAGUUUGACGUGAAGUUUAACAACACAACCGGUGCGUCGAAUGGGGGGGCGGCGUCCACGUUCAAGAAGGUGCUGAACGAGGCGAAACAAUUCUCGACCACGCUGGAUGGAUCUUCUACCGGUGUGCGGGAUGCUACGAACAACUUGAAGAACAACAUCGUGGUGGUUGGAUCGGCGGAAACGGUGCUGGGUGCGUCACAGGACGAUCCCGAUGCGGAUCCGUGUCUGCUCGGUACCGUGUCCGGAAGCGAUGGUGUGAACGUUGUCCCCGUCGUCGUACCCGCGUCCAAUCCGAUGAGUGUAAGCGUGCCGAAUCUUACGAGCAGUGGCAGCAACAAUCAUCCGCCUCAUCACCACCACCACAGCCAUCACCAGCAGCAGCAGCAUCACCAUGCUCAUCAUCAUCCUCCUCCUCCCGCGGACAGUAGCUCGUCGACGGUGCAGAACGAUUCGCAAGCAGCAGGAGCAGCACCACCACCACCGGGACUGUUGGAAACGUUUGCCGCCAUUGCACGUCGCCGUACGUCCGCGAGUGGAUCGAACUCGGCGACCAAUGCUAGCAACAAUAACGAAAACAAUAACGCCGCCAACCCAUCGUCGUCGACCUCCUCUUCGCAGCAGACGAUGCCGAUCAACAAUCAGCUGAUUAGCGGUGGUGGUGGGGGUAGUAGCGGUGGUGCGGGGUUGGUCGGUGGAGUGUUGCAGAACAAUAGCAACUUUUUCCCCCGUGGGCCCAACUCCGUCACCAGCCUGGUGAAGUUGGCACUGUCCACCCACACCGGACUGCUCAGCACGGCGCAAAGCUAUCCGAGCCUGUUCAGCUCCGCUUCGAACAAUAAUGCUUCGGCCGGUGGUCAGGCGGGCGGGAACGGAGGCGGUAGCAAUAAUAACACCAGCAACACCAACAACAUGGUGGGUGUGGGACAGGUGAACCCACUCAAUCCCGCCCUAACCAUGAGCCUCACGUCCACCUCGAGCGACAGUGAGCAGGUAUCGUUGGAGGACUUUUUGGAGCAGUGUCGAGCGCCGACACUGCUGGGCGAUUUGGAAGACGACGAAGACAUCGAGGACGAAAACGAUGACGACGAGAAUGAGGACGAGUAUGAGGAGGUGGGCAACACGCUGCUGCAGGUGAUGGUGACCCGCAAUCUGCUGUCCUUCAUGGAGGAGCGUACGUUCGAGAAUCGGCUCCCGACCGCGGGCAAACGCAAGUCCUGGGACGAUGAGUUUGUGCUGAAGCGUCAGUUUUCCGCACUGAUUCCGGCGUUUGAUCCGCGCCCAGGCAAAACCAACGUUAAUCAGACGAGCGAUCUCGAUGUACCGGCACCACCGGGCAAUGGGCGGCGGGUGGCGGAACAGCACCAGCUGGUGGUAGACCCAGCCGAACCGUCCUCCUCAUCCGGCAAAGUGACCGUACCGGAGGAGCAGGAAGGAAGUCACGGGCCAUCGUCCUCAAUCUCCUCGCUGCCGCAGCCAACGCUUUCGCUAGUGCUGCGCGGUCCGAACAUAAACGGGGUGAACGAUGUGGAGGUCGAUCUGACGCAUCCGGACUGGACGAUUUUCCGUGCGGUGCAGGAGCUGAUGCUUCAAACGUCGAUGCCCAAGCAGGACAAGUUCCGCAAAAUUUGGCAACCGACGUACACGAUCAUCUACCGCGAGGCUAGCCCUGGUUCGUCCUCGUCGCUGUUGGGCGGUGGAAAGGAGGACCUGAGCAGUGGCGAGGAAGGUCGCGCCACACCGAUCAUUUCACUGUACUCGCAGCGAAGCCACGGUUCCACGCUCUCGCCCAGCUCGCCCAUUCCGGGAACGCCGUCUGUGGCUGGUGCCGGCCCUGGUAGUGCCGGUGGAGCGACAUCGGCCGCGUGUGGCAGUACGCAACAGCAGCAGUACUGCUCGGUCGAGGACGUACUGCAGCUACUGUCGCAGCUGAACAGCAUCAACCAGUCGUUGGGUUCCGCCCCGUCCAACAACGACAAGAACUUGAUCCCCGACGCAGAGUCGCACUAUCUAAAUCCGGAGGUGUUUAUGAGCAAGAAGAUCACGAACAAGCUGCAGCAGCAGAUCCAGGAUCCGCUCGUCCUGUCCAGCGGCAGCUUGCCGAAGUGGUGCGAAGAGUACAACCAAACCUGCCCGUUCCUGUUCCCGUUCGAAACGCGCCAGCUGUACUUUAGCUGUACCGCGUUCGGUGCGUCGCGCAGCAUCGUUUGGCUGCAGUCCCAGCGGGACGUUAGCUUGGAGCGUCAGCGCGCCCCAGGACUUAGCCCGCGGCAUGCCGACCAGCAGGAGUUCCGCGUGGGCCGACUAAAGCACGAACGGGUGAAGGUACCGCGCGGGGAGAAUCUGCUCGAUUGGGCCCAGCAGGUGAUGAAGGUCCACUGCAACCGGAAGUCGGUGCUGGAGGUAGAGUUUGUCGGCGAAGAAGGCACAGGUCUUGGGCCGACGCUCGAAUUUUACGCCCUGGUAGCGGCCGAGCUGCAGCGCAGCGAUCUCGGCAUGUGGCUGUGCGAUGACGAGCAGCCGAAGCUGAUCGAGGACGAAAUAGAUCUCGGCGAGGGUAGCAAACCGGUCGGCUACUAUGUGCGCCGCUCGACCGGCCUCUUCCCGGCCCCGCUACCCCAAGACUCGGAUAUCUGCGAGUACGUGUCGAACUACUUCUGGUUUCUGGGCGUGUUUCUGGCGAAGGUACUGCAGGACAACCGGUUGGUGGAUUUGCCCCUCUCGAACAGCUUCCUGCAGCUGCUCAGCCACAGCCGCUCGAUUGCGCGCGGUUCACCCAACCAGCCGCCGUUCGGCAAGUCGUCGGGCCUGAGCGACGAUAUAAUGCUGUCCUCCCUAAUGUCGGAGGAAAGUGAUCGCGAUCGGGAUCUGCUGGUCGAUUCGUACCAGUCGAAGAUGGCCACCAGCGACGGUGCAUGGUACGACGGUAUACUGUCGCAGGAGAACCUGCAGGAGAUAGAUCCGAUCCGGUAUCAGUUCUUGCGCGAGUUGCAGGAGCUCGUACAGCAGAAGCAAACCAUCGAGCAGAACGAUGCGCUCAGCUCGGAGGAAAAGUUGCAGCAGAUCGGGGAGCUGAAGCUAAACACCAAAACGGGCUGUGUGGCGCUGGACGAUCUGGCGCUUACGUUUAGCUAUCUGCCGAGCUCGAAAAACUACGGUUACGCGUCGGCCGAUCUGAUACCGAACGGGGCGAACAUCGACGUGACGAUUAACAACGUGGAGGAGUACUGCAAUCUGACGAUUGCGUUCUGUCUGCAGGAAGGUAUCGCGAAGCAGCUGGCCGCAUUCCACCGUGGGUUCUGUGAGGUGUUUGCGCUGAGCAAGUUGGCCGCGUUUACGCCGGACGAGAUACGGAAGAUGCUGUGCGGUGAGCAGAAUCCGGAGUGGACGCGCGAGGACAUCAUGACGUACACGGAACCGAAGCUGGGAUACACGAAGGAAAGCCCCGGUUUCUUGCGCUUCGUUAAUGUGCUGAUGGGCAUGAACGGAUCGGAACGGAAAGCGUUCCUUCAGUUUACCACCGGCUGCAGCAGUCUACCGCCCGGUGGACUGGCGAACCUACAUCCACGGCUCACGGUCGUCCGGAAGGUCGAUGCGGGCGAGGGUUCCUAUCCGUCGGUCAACACCUGCGUCCACUAUCUGAAGCUACCGGACUAUCCGAACGAACAGAUCCUGCGCGAGCGCUUGCUGACGGCCACCAAGGAGAAAGGGUUCCAUCUGAACUAAAUCAAACACGCGUGAGAAAGCGCACGUUCGAGUGUGUGAGUGUGUGUGAAUUGUUAUAAACUGUUGUUUGUAUUGUUCGGGCAGAACAAACACUGACUGAGUGGGAAAGAGAGAUAUAGGACAAAAACAAGAUGAAUAGAGAGAGAGAGUGUGUGUGCGUGUUAAGCAAAGGUGUGUGCGUGUGUGUUUUAGUAAUUUUUGUAAGGGUUACUACGGUAAACGAAGCUAAGCAACGAUCAGAUACUACUACUACUACACUUUGAAGGGAGCAAAAGGGGUUAGAUGAAAUUUUGAAUCAUUACACUCAAUUUCCUAUCCUCUCCUGAACCUACAACAGGCUACAAAAAGAAAAAGAAGAUGAUAUAUUAGAAGGACACACACGCGCGCACAUACAUACACACAACAAAAGCUUGUUGUAAAAGCAAAAAUACUACUACAAAAGAAAGUGUUUCCUUUAAGUGUGUGUGUGCGUGUGUUGAAGGACAUAAUAAUUUCACCAUUAAAUAGGAUAGUUAGGAUUAAAAACCGAGGAUUAAUCCGAGAGAUGAAUUAGUUCCCCGCUCUCUCUCUCUCACACACACACACUCUUACGUUUUGUACACUCUAAGUACUCCCGUGUAUUGUACCGCCACCGGAACUACACACUAUUAUUGUUGUUUUCCCGACUCACACACACACUCACAAGUCUAGACUUUUUGCUGCUAACUCCUUAAAACUGUGUGCGUGUGGGAGAAUCGUUGAUGUGAAAAAAUGGAUCACCGGUCAUGAUCCAGCCCGGAGGGGUUGAAAUGGAAGGAUCGGUGAGGAUGGAAAGUAAGAACAGAGAUGAAACGAUGAUGGUUUACUAACUAUGAGUUUUGUGAUUGAUUAUAUUACAUUUAAUGUUAUGAAUUAUUGCGUUUACACCAAGCUACUGCAGCGAGCGAGCUGACUACUGGCGGUGGCGUAUGAAUAGAAGCUAGAUCUAAUAGAGGUGUGGUGUGUGCGUGUGUCCGUGUGUAUGAGUGUGUGUGUGCGCACUGUUUGCCCAAGGCAUUAGUAGGAAAGGUUUGGUUUCAUCGUGUGUACUGUGGCCGCCGAGCCCCCCCGAAAGAUAGAGUGUACACACUACACACCACUUUACUAAAUUCAUAAGUAACGGAAUAUGUAGCUAGUUUCGAAUACUACUCUCUGCGUGUGUAUGUGUGUGUGUGUUUGUACGCAACUCCUCUGUAUAUAUGUACGACACUGUUUCACACACACCAAAAAAAGUGGGGAAAAGAAACCAAUAGCAACCAACGACGUGAGCGAAGCGACUUUUGCCUCAAACAAAAAAAGGCGCAUGUGGAAUUGAAGUUUUUGAUUUUUAAACAAAAGAAAUAUAAUAUCGCCCCCUUCACUCUAUAAAUAUAUAUGUAUUAGUAUUCGUUGGAUGGGAAUAGUAAAUGAAGAAAUCCACUCAGACACUCACCGAUCGAUCGGAACGUUCGUGCGGUGUGAAAACUGUUAGGAAAGGAAAAUGCGUAGAAAACGAGUGAGAGAAGGAGAGGAAAAAUGUUAUAGAUGAUUGAGGAACAAUUAUAGCAAAUGAAUAUUGAUUAUAGCUCUAUUCAAAGAUUAUUAAAAACAAAAUGGCAGAACUUGACACACUAAAAUCUUAAAACCGCCCCCACACACACACACACACAACACACACUCUCAGUCUUGCGUGCGUUUUAAGAAAUCUGCACCAACACACCACAC